AUGCCCGUCGGGAGUCCGGAGGGACGGGAGAAAAGGAGGGGGGAGGGAGGGAAGAAGGAGGGAGGGAGGGCGAGGGGGGGAAGCCUUUCCUUUGUUCCCGAUGCAACCAGAAACCCACAGCAACGAGGCAGGGGAGGAGGCGGAGGAGGGCGGCAGCGAGCCCGAGGAUGCAGGAAAGGCAAGGAGCACGCCGGCGGCGGCGGCGCUGCUGCUGCUGCUUCUCCUGGGCUGGAGAGAUGCUGCGAGGAGGAGGCGGCAGGAGGAGGGCGGAGGCCAGGGCUGCGGGGCUCGCCAGUCCGCCGGGCCCACGGCGACGCCUCCCCGGCUCCAGCCCACUCGCACCCCGCCGGCGCCGGACUGCAACGAUCAGAGCGUGCUCCGCCGCGGCUUCUUCCCCCUUGCAGGAAACGUGCGCUCCGGAGCCCAGUCCAUUCGCUCAAUGGCUGCGGGGACAAGGAGGAGGAGGAGGGAGAGAGGCUGUGGCGCCCUCUAGCGGAGGACUGGGUCAGCGGCUAG